AUGUCACUAGUUCAUUCAACAACAAAUACGGUCUCAUCAAAUGUUUUUCAUCGUCGUCUUAACCAUGAACCAUUGUACGCUGUUCGCGCAGAAGGCAAUUAUAUCUAUACCAAAGAUGGACGCAAACUUCUUGAUGGUGGUGUUGGCUCUGGUGUAACGACAAUUGGUUAUGGCAAUAAACGUGUCGCUGAAGUUGUCGGUUCCACAAGUGGUUGCACUCCAGCAGUGCCGGGUUAUUUCAACGCGAUGCGUGAAGUAUGUGAUAGGUAUGGAGUCCUGUUUGUUCUCGAUGAAAUCAUGUGCGGCAUUGGACGAACAGGCAAAAUGCACGCAUGGCAAUGGGAAAAUCUUUCAUCUCCACCUGAUAUUCAAGUCAAUGGAAAGGGUCUCGCUGGUGGCUAUGCUCCUAUUGGAGCUGUGCUUGUUUCUGCCAAAGUUGUUGAUACUUUAUCUGCUGGUUCGGGCGAAUUUAACAAUAUAUACUCGUAUCAGUUACAUCCCGUUGCAUGUCGAGCGACCUUAGAAGUUCUAAAAGUGAUCAAAGAAGAUGCGCUCGUAGAACAAUGUCAUCAGCGUGGAAUCUUCUUAGAAAAAUUACUCAAAACACAGUUGGGCGAUCAUCCACAUAUUGGAGAUAUUCGGUUAGCGAAUAUAAUUCUUUUCUAG